AUGUCAGAACCGUCUCCGACCGUGUCGGCCUCGGCCCCCGCAUCCUCGUACGAGCCCUCGGACUCGUCCAUCUCCACGUCGUCAAUAAAGGCUGCUGUUGAGGGCCGAGCCCGACGGUCCUCUUCCUUCUCUAGCAUCAGAGCUGCCUCUGGUACCCCCGACCUGUCCAACCUUCCCAAGAUUGGCAAAAUUGGUGUCUGUGCGAUGGACGUCAAGGCCCGAUCCAAGCCAUGUCGGCACAUUCUCAACAGGCUGCUGGACACGGGCGAAUUUGAAACCGUUGUCUUUGGAGACAAGGUGAUUUUGGACGAGCCCAUUGAGAACUGGCCCACGUGUGACUUUCUCAUUUCCUUCUUCUCAUCCGGUUUUCCCCUCGAAAAGGCCAUUUCCUACGUCAAGCUACGAAAACCCUUCCUCGUCAAUGACCUCAUUCUGCAAAAAGUGCUGUGGGACCGACGUAUCGUGCUUGACCUGCUCGACUCGGCCAAUGUUCAAACCCCUCCUCGUCUCAUUUGCACCCGAGACGGAGGCGCAAAGGCCGACCCUGACCUGGCCAAGAAGCUGGCCGAACACAAUGUCAUCCUGACUCCCCAGCCCAAGUCCGAAUGUCACAUGGUUGACGAGGAUACCGUCAUGGUGGAUGGCAAGACCAUGACGAAGCCGUUCGUCGAGAAGCCCGUGGAUGGAGAAGACCACAACAUCUACGUCUACUACCCCAAGUCGUCGGGAGGAGGAGGUCGACGACUAUUCCGAAAGGUCGGCAACAAGAGUUCAGAAUUUGACCAGGAUCUCUGUGAAGUCCGGAUGGACGGCUCGUACAUUUACGAGAAGUUUAUGGACACCGAAAACAAGGAGGAUGUCAAGGCGUACACUGUUGGAGCCCAUUACUGUCACGCUGAGACCCGAAAGUCCCCCGUUGUCGACGGUAUUGUCAGACGGAACACAUAUGGCAAGGAGCUGCGGUUUGUGACCAAGCUGACUGACGAGGAGAUCAAGUUUGCCAGCAAGGUCUCUCAGACCUUUGAGCAGACUAUUUGCGGUUUUGAUCUGCUGCGUGCCCAAGGUGAGUCGUAUGUCAUUGAUGUUAACGGUUUCUCUUUCGUCAAGGACAACCACGAAUAUUACGACAACUGCGCCCGAAUUCUGCGACAGAUCUUCCUGCAGGCUAAGCAGCAGCGAAACAAGGACCGAGCCAUCGCUAACACUGCUCCUCAGCCCGAGAAGCACCAGUCCUGGGUUCUCAAGGGCCAGGCUAUUGUGAUUCGACACGCAGACCGAACCCCCAAGCAGAAGAUCAAGGUCUCAUUUAAGCAUCCUCUCUUCAUUGAUCUACUGAAGGGUCACAAGGAGGAGGUUCUUUACCGAGAGAAGGAUCGUCUGAUGGAGGUGCUUGAGACUACUCGACGGGCCACAAGGGAGGCUACUGACGAGGAUCCUCAGAAGAUGGCUAACCUGAUCAUUGCUCUGGAGAAGAAGAUGGAUUUCCCCGGAACCAAGGUCCAGAUCAAGCCCACAAUCAAUAAGAGCACCGGCGAGGUUGAGAAGGUGCAACUAGUGGCCAAGUGGGGAGGAGAACCCACUCAUUCGGCUCGAUACCAGGCCCAGGACAUGGGUGACCAGAUGCGUCAGGAUCUCAUGAUUGUCAACAAGAACCUGCUCAAGAAUGUCAAGUGUCUCUCAUCUUCUGAACGACGAGUCAUUGCCAGUGCCAAGAUUUGGGCAGCUGCCUUCCUAGGUGUUGAGGAGGUCUCUGACGACUUCAUUGUUGUUCGAAAGGGUCUUCUUGAUGAUUCCAACGCCGCCAAGGACCUCAUGGACAAGGUCAAGAAGGAGCUUAAGCCUCUUCUGCGAAAGGGAACCCCACCUCCCCCUCAUUUCACCUGGCCCGACAAGAUUCCCGAGCCCUUCAUUGUGUUGCAGCGGGUCGUCGAGCUCAUGAAGUACCACCACAAGGUCAUGGAGAGAAACUUCAACAACCACACUCCCGAGGAGGUUGAAGCCUUUCAGACUCGAUGGUGUUGCCAGGAGACCCCUUUCUUGUUCCGAGAGCGAUGGGAUAAGCUUUUCUCCGAGUUCACUUCGCCCGACAAGGUCGACCCUUCUCGAAUCUCCGAGCUAUAUGACGCUAUGAAGUUCGAUGCACUGCAUAACCGACAGUUCCUCGAGCGAAUCUUCAAGCCCGAUGAGAGUGUCGAAAUUGCUCCCCCUUCGUGCCACAUCCCUAACGUCUCUGCUCCCGAGCUGUCUUCUCUUGGAAAGACUCCUCUUGUUACGCCUACAAGUGACGACGAAACCAAAACAUCUUCCAACGGCAAGUCGCCCCAGCAGACUUUCUAUGGCCCCCAGUACGUGCAUCUUCGAGAGCUGUACCGACUGGCCAAGAUUCUGUUUGACUUCAUUUGUCCCCAGGAGUACGGUAUCGAGGACAAGGAGAAGCUGGACAUUGGUCUGCUGACGUGUCUGCCUCUGCUCAAGGAGAUUCUGUCCGAGCUCAACGAGAUGAAGCAGGCCGAGACUGGAGGUGUGAUUGCUUACUUCACCAAGGAAUCUCACAUCUACACCCUGCUCAACAUCAUCUACGAGUCCGGCAUCAACACCCGAAUCGCCCGAAACGUGAUUCCCGAGCUGGACUACCUAACCCAGAUUGUUUUUGAGCUAUAUGAGAGUGUAGAGGCGGAUGAGUAUGGCGAGAAGAAGUACUCCAUUCGACUGUCAAUCUCGCCUGGAUGCAACACCCAGUCUCCUCUGGAUGUUCAGCUGGACUCAAAGCACUGCAUCUCUUGUAUUCCACGAGUCGGUCUCACUCGACAUUUGGACCUGGAUCUGGUCAUUGGCAAGCUGCAGACUCGUUUCAACCGGGUGUCCAUGCCUUCCAAGUUUAUUCCCGUCAACAUUUCUUAA